AUGUGGAUACCGAGAAAUACAGUACGGUGUCGCAUGAUAAGUCUAGCGUUUUUGCGUAAUUCCCCCUUCGUAUGUCAGACGCGGUGUCAAACAACCCCCCACUUUCCUUACAUAUUCCACGUCUGCGUUCGCGUUUCACUUCCUCAUUCCUGUCUCGACACGUUCCCAUACCUUCCUAUUCUUCCUGUUUUCUCGCCGACCUGCUCCCCGAAGCCACCACUCAUUUCGAACAACAUCCUCUCCUCUGUCAUCGUCCUGCCUUCUUCAAUCGCUCCUUUUUGA